AUGGCUAACAACUUCGGUGGCUUGCAGCAUGUUAUUGAAUACAUUUGGGAUAAUCCUUCGCUAAACGAUGACUUUACCAAUUCUCUUGUUGUCUUGGGAAACAGCUAUAAUCCUCAAAAGCCAGAUAACCGAGCCGAUAAGGAUGACGAAACCCGCAAAGAUGAAGACGAUGAUAAAUUGGCCAAUCCUAUUAAUUUUAGGGGAGAGAUCAAGAGCUUUUUUGACAAACUGACCAAUGACGUGAACGGAAAUGCGUUUGGAGGAACAUUACCGUGGCAAUCACCUAUGGCACUUGUAUCAACUGUCAAUCAUCCGUGGCCCAAAGACUUUUUGGAUGAUGUCAAAACCAGAAUAUGGUUCACGUACCGAUCUGGGUUUCCGAUUAUACCACGUGACGUUAAUGGACCGUCUCCGUUGUCGUUAGGAUCCUUGUUCAGGGGUACGUUAGAUCUUAGCACCGUAAAUCAGGGUUUUACUACCGAUGCCGGAUGGGGCUGUAUGAUACGGACCAGUCAGUCCCUCUUGGCCAAUGCAUUGUUAAAUAUUCACGUGGGCAGAGAUUGGAGAUAUCAUGAAGGAGAAUACGAUGAAAGGUUUGAUAAACAGUUCAAAGUUGUGGCUUUGUUUGCUGAUACUCCCUCUGCUCCUUUUUCCAUACAAAGAAUUGUCGAUUAUGGCUCAAAAAAUUGCAACAAGAAACCAGGAGAAUGGUUUGGUCCUUCUGCAGCGGCUCAGAGCAUCGUGUAUCUAUGUGAGAGAAGUUACAAGACGUGUAAACUGAAGACGUAUCUUACCGGAGUCAUUGGAGACAUCUAUGAGGAUGAGUUUUUAAAGGUUGCGCAACAUGAUAAAAGCACUGAGUUUACACCUGUUUUGAUUCUUUCGGGAAUACGUUUGGGUGUGAAAAACGUGAACCAGAUAUACUGGAGAUUUCUAAAGAAGCUACUCGACCUUAAUCAAUCAGUCGGCAUAGCAGGAGGCCGACCAUCAUCCUCUCAUUAUUUCUUUGGAUAUCAGGGCGAUUAUCUUUUUUAUCUGGAUCCUCAUAUGCCGCAGAAAGCACUUUUAUUGGAUUCUGAUACGGAGGAGCACCUAAAACUAGAUUUCAUUCCAUCUGUGCACACAGCCAAGAUCAGAAAACUUCAUUUGAGUGAAAUGGAUCCUUCUAUGCUUAUUGGUCUUCUUAUAAAAUCACGACAGGACUACGAAGAUUUAAGAAAAUCAAUCGCCGAGUUUGAUACAACGGAGAGAUUUCUUAACAUCUAUCCCAAAAGACCAGAACUAUUAUCCAGCAGCUCCGCAGGAUCGGCGUUACUAGAUGAAGGCGAUUUUAUUGAUUUGGGAUCUAACGAUAACGAGUGUGCAAUUUCUUCUGAUCGUGAGCCUGAAGUCGACGAAGAAGAUACCCUUCACGAACUGGUACAUGAUCGCAAGUUUUCUCAACCAGUGAUAAUAAAUCAUGAAGAUACAAUUAUACUACCGAACUCGCAAGCGCAGACAGUACAUGAAAUUGCGCAUAAAGACGAGAUAGAAUUUGAUAAAGAGGCCUCUAUUAUCGACCAGAAUGAUACUACAGAAAAUUUUGAGCAAAUCGAUAAGAAAGAAUCUUACGUGAGACCGGAAAGUGAAAACGGAAUAGGCAUGUUUGAGGAAAUACAGAGAGACGAGCUGAGAACUGAAAUACGAAACGGUGGUACUGAGACCUCUGCGUGA